AAAAGAAGCAGAGACGGGAGGAGGGGGUGUCUCACACACGCACACGGAGGAGGGAGACACGGACAGACACGCAGCCGGCCCACUGAUGUACUCAGCCCGGUUAGAGUCACGGCCACCGGUGAAGUCCUGUCGCAGCAUCCCGGAGUAGAAGAAGAAAGGAGGACGCUUCGAGGGUCCGAAGUGCGCCCGCCCGCGGAAAGUGUCUCCGUGGACUGCUGGAAGUUGAGAGAGUGAGUGGAGUUCACAUCUCGCCCGGAGUUCUUCAUCAGACGCCGCUCAAAAGGAGGUGAAUGGACCUCCACCGCCCCUUUAAGAUGGACAGCUCCACCUACAUGCCAGCUCCUCUCGCUUCCCCCGCUCUCAUGGUCCUCGCCUCCACCGCUGAGGCUGGCCGCGACGCCUCCGUCCCCAGUCAGGCGCCCAGGCCCUUCGGGGUUCCGGCCUCAGUGGAGAAAGAGCUCCAUCUCCCCUUCCCCUCCGCAUCCUACGCCUUUGCCUCCAUGUAUCAACGCCAGGGCCCCGUAUCAGGCCCCUUUCCUGGCCGAGACUUCCCGGCAUCCCUACUCCACCUGCACCCCCAGUUCACCCCACCCAACUUAGACUGCUCUACUCUGGGCAUGCUCCACCACAGCGGGGUCGGCGGUGCCUUUCGACCUUUCUCAUCCCCGCAUGAUGAGAGGGAGCCGAUCGGUUAUCACUCGGCCUUCACGCCGGCAAAGAGGCUGAAAGGUUGCUUCUCGGAGGUGGAGGGUAAGGAAUUUGACUUUGGCUCCCCCGGCGGCUCCGUUAAAAGUGGAGAAAACCCGGGGCGGAAGCUGUUCUCCAUGUCUGGUCUGCUUUCUGAUGGUGAGGCGUCAUCCAGCCCAGAGGAGCGCAGGGAGCAGAGUGGCAAAGUGAAAGUGCUAUAUGAUGCCGCGGCUCCAGUGUGUCCAGUGUGUCAGAGCGUUCUGCGACCAGGGGAGCUGCAAGAGCAUAUGGAACAGGAGUUAGCCAAACUCAGCGAGAUUCAAAUCAGCGUCACUUCGGUGCAGCACGACCACCUCAUGAGGACGCCAAAGUCUCUUUCAUUCUCUCUGCACAUCAAACGUGAAGGAGCUUCUCCGACGUCACCCCCUCGACCGGCUGACGACAUCCACUCUGACCGAUAUCAGACUUUUCUGCGUGUGCGGGCUAACAGACACACAAGACUAAACGUCGACGACCUCUGCUGGUGCAGGUGCUACGUCAAAUCCGCCCCAUUACGCCCCCACAGCGCAGGAGCCCACCUAGACUGCACGCAAGCCGUCAGGAUCAGCAAAAUGAAGAGGAAGAAACCAGACGACGCUCAGGAGGUUUCUGCAGACACAACACCAUCGGAGGAUGAGUGGAAGGAAAGGCGGAAGAUACAGAUGAUGUCGCUAGUCGGAGGGUUCAAAGGUUCACUGUUGGUGAGCAGCGCAUCGAAAGAAGGUCGGGACAGCGACGCAGACCUCGACGUGGAUGGAGACGACACCUUGGAGUACGGCCGGGCACAAUACACAGAGACAGAUGUGAUCAUGUGCGCCGGAGAAAACAGCAAGGAGACAACAACAAACAGUGUCGGAACAUUGCCUGACUCUGGAGUCCACCAGGAAAUUUCCAAAUGGUCAAAUGAUGCAGAGAGUCCGUCCACCAGCAGUGGAGAUAAAGUGGAUGGAAGCAUACCUGUCCUCCCAAAAACCUGCAAAACCAAUGACAUGGACAUGCUCUCAGAAGACUCUGCGCUGACAUCCCUGGAUGCUCUUAAAGCUCGGAUACGGGAUUUGGAGAAACAGUUGUGUAAAGGAGACAGAUUUAAAUGCCUCAUCUGCAUGGAUACUUAUUCAACCCCGCUCACUUCCAUCCAGUGCUGGCAUGUUCACUGUGAAGAGUGUUGGCUCCGAACAUUAGGAGCAAAGAAGCUGUGCCCUCAGUGCAACACCAUCACCUCACCCGGCGACCUGCGGAGGGUCUAUCUGUGAUGCAAGGCCCAUCACAAGGGGUGGACUUGUGAGCAGCUGGCCUGACUCCCACCCUCUUCCCAAUCUCUCCUCAACUCGGACCUACUUUUUAGUCAUUGCAUCCGUUAAAAAAAAAGAAAAAGAACAAUUCCAGGGAGAAUAGCUCCAAAGUGACAUUUAACAUGAACUAUUCAAAAUUCCUGCAACUUGUUUGGUGGAAACACCCGAAUAACACUCUUUGGGGAUGAUAUUUAUCAAUUUUAUAACCUGUUUUUUUUCUGUUUUCUUGCAAAGCACAUGUAAAUAUUUUUUCGUGUUUGGAUUGGUGUUUGUACAUGAUGUUUAUGAGAACAACCUGACUGUAUUUACUGUACAGCAUUUGUCUUAAUGUUUGGCUCCAUCUCUUCUUCUCAUACCUCCUCACUUUAUGUCUUUAUCGUUACUAUAAUAAAAGUUGUGGCCAAAAGGGGCAUCGGAGUUCA